GUGGCUGCGGAUCUAUGUAUGAAGUAUAUGUGGAAGCUCCAGAAUUCAAGGGACUGCGUAUUGUAAAGCAACAUCAACUUGUAACAGAAGCUCUGAAAAAAGAAAUUGGAGACAUGCAUGGAAUUAGAAUAUCAACAAAUACCAGCAAAUCUUGAUUAAUUCAGACUAAAAUUAUGUAUUAAUAACAUACUUUAAAAAGUUCAAAUUCAUUCUGAGUAGACAGACAUACAAUCAUUAAUUAGAACUGAAUUCUUGUAGGUUCGAUGAAAGAAAAAAGCCGAAAGACUGAAUUUAAAUUUUCUAACCAAGAUUUAUUUUCAGAAAGAUGAACAGUGACGAAGAAGUUUUGGUAGAAAAUGGAAGAAAAUUCCAGAAAGUUUCUACGCUUCCUGUGGCUGUUAUUCAGAUCAUAUUAUGCGUCUGCCAGAUCAUUCUUGUGUUUAUGCUCCCAGAGCUUUGUGAUAAAAAGGGUCGUGAAUGUAUCAUCAACUCCUUCUCUCUUCUAAUCUACACACAUGGAUUCCAUUGGUGCUGUAUCCUGAUCAUGGAUCAAGUACUCCACUUCUCACAUCAUAAAUCUAGACUGAAUGGAUACCUAGACUUCUAUAUCAGAACUAAGAAUAUACGUCGAGCUCCUUUCUACCUUGUUUCCGCUGGAAAUGCAGUUCUAAUGCUGGUCGUCAUUAUUCUUCAUGAUUUGUGUGAUAACAACGAGGCUUGCAAACAUACAAAUACAAAAGUUGAUUAUCUGCGAGGUCUAAUAACUCUUGAAUCUCUGAUUGUAAUUUGCCUGGUAGUCAACUACAUCAUUGUUCUCAGGGAUUUCAAUACUCAGCAACUUCCUCCAGAUGUUCUCAGGGAUGAUUUCACCUCUUCAGUUAUGUUGAACCGGACAUCUGAGAGUGUUGGAUACAGGGAGAAGGAUCAAAUACUGGAGGUCAUGGAGAGACAGGCCGAGGUUAUCAGGUACCUCAGAGAGCACUCUGAAACUCUAGGUCGUAAGAUCUUGGUGCUGACAAAUCAGUUAUCUGACAGUGAGCGCAUCUAGAAGAUCCCAGGAGCCUUUGGGAAACUAUUUGCCUUUAGAAGCAACAUUGAUUCUCAUGAGUUUAAGAAUACUGAGCUUUAAUCAAGUUUGGUUUGUUUACUGCAGUUCAAACAAACCUGGCCAUUCUGUAAAUAUAUAAUUUUUGUCCGUUUAUAUUUUAUUGUCAUGAAAUUCUUUGAAAUUUUACAUUUUUGAAGAUGGACUUCAAAGUUUUAAUGUUUCGAUAUAUUUGGGGUUAAAUAAACGAUUUGCAUUUUAUUGAGAUUAUAAUUUUACCAUUUCAUCAAAAAUAAACCGCACUGCAAAUUCGUAGGUUUUCUAAACUUAAGUCAUAAUGUUUUUUUAACUAAAUUUGUAAGAGAAUUCAAAACCGGUUUUUACAAUUAUUGUUGUGUGUGCAGGCAAUGCACAAGCAUGCCCUUACAAUUAAGAUCUUAUUGUCAGAUAUAAUG